AACGCAGAUGCUCGUGUGUGUGAAGCGCUUAUUCCGCUGGAUGUUAUUGAUCCACGCGAGCUGAACACCCUUCCUCUGUUCAUAAACACACCGGGUUACGGAUUUUAAACGAGGACUGAGAUAAAUAACAACAGUUGAUGUCGUAUAUUCCACACAAAACAGUACCUUUAUUGUAAAUGCAGCAGAUAAACCCUUCAUUAUAAGGAACACAUCUGUGUGUGGAGCGCGUUCUCAUCACACCAUUUCAAUAUUUUACAUUAAUCUGCAGAUAUGGACGAAGACAAUCAAGUUCCUGAAGACCUGUCCUUAGAAGAGCGAGACGAGCUGUCCAAUAUACGGCGCAGGAAAAAAGAACUGCUUGAUGAUAUUGAGCGCUUGAAGUUUGAGAUCGCUGAAGUGAUGACAGAAAUCGAGCAGCUCACGUGUGUGGGCGAGAGCAAAACAACACAGAGAAACAAACAAAUUGCAAUGGGAAGAAAGAAAUUCAACAUGGACCCCAAAAAAGGGAUCCAGUUUCUUCUGGAGAACGACCUCCUGCAGCAGACGCCUGAAGACAUCGCUCAGUUCCUCUAUAAAGGAGAAGGCUUGAACAAAACCGUCAUUGGGGAUUACCUGGGUGAACGGGAUGAUUUCAACAUCAAAGUGCUCCAGGCUUUUGUCGAGCUCCAUGAGUUUGCCGACCUCAACCUCGUUCAGGCUCUGAGGCAGUUCCUCUGGAGUUUCAGACUUCCCGGCGAGGCUCAGAAGAUUGACCGAAUGAUGGAGGCGUUUGCGUCCCGGUACUGCCAGUGCAAUCCGGGAGUCUUUCAGUCCACAGACACAUGUUAUGUCCUGUCCUUCGCCAUCAUCAUGCUGAACACCAGCCUCCACAACCCCAACGUCAGGGACAAACCGGCCGUAGAGCGCUUCAUCUCCAUGAACAGAGGCAUUAAUGAGGGCGGAGACCUGCCGGAGGACCUGCUCAGGAACCUGUUCGACAGCAUCAAGAGCGAACCCUUCAAAAUCCCAGAGGACGACGGCAACGACCUCACACAUACGUUCUUCAACCCGGACCGAGAAGGCUGGCUCCUGAAGUUAGGUGGACGAGUAAAAACUUGGAAGAGGAGAUGGUUUAUUCUGACCGACAACUGCUUGUACUAUUUUGAGUACACAACAGACAAGGAACCACGAGGAAUUAUCCCUUUGGAGAACCUCAGCAUCCGAGAGGUGGAGGAACCCAGAAAACCUAACUGCUUUGAGCUGUACAAUCCCAACCAUAAAGGACAGGUGAUCAAGGCAUGCAAGACUGAGGCCGAUGGGAGGGUGGUGGAGGGGAACCAUGUCGUCUACAGGAUAUCAGCUCCCACACCUGAGGAGAAGGAGGAAUGGAUCAAAUCCAUCAAAGCGAGCAUCAGCCGGGACCCUUUCUACGACAUGCUGGCCACCAGGAAGAGACGCAUCGCCAACAAGAAGUGAAAUCUACAUCCAAACCUCUUCCUCAAAACCUGUUCACAGCAACACACACUGCCUACUGGGACAGAUUUUGUGCAGAUGUGUGAUUGACGACGGGUUAGAGGAGCCCAGCGGCUGAAGAAUCAAUGUUUAUAGUUUCUUUCUUGAGUUCCAGACAGCAACAUGGUAUCGGCCCGGAUGUGGCCCGGAUCUGGGCCGACACCAUGUUGCUGUCUGUUUCUAUUCAUAUAAAAACACAGCUGUCCUGACAUGUUUGUAUUUGCAUGGAUUAAAUCUGUAUACCUGGGCUCUCACUGCAGAAAAGCCAUUUAUUUCGGAAGAGACGAGACCUAUUUUGGACGGCCGGUGUGAUCGACAGUGACCCAGCCUUCAUGGCCAUUAUGGUGCUAGAAGACUUCUUGUGUGCAUGUGAUCCAGUGCUAACGCUAGGUGGCGCUCUGGAGUCAGCUGGACUGAUUUCAUGUUGUUAGAGUGAGAAACAGCAAAUAUAUAACAUAAAUAUAUAGAGAUUUAAGCUGAAUUCGAAACUGAAAACUACUCUUACUAUUUUCACCACACAGAAACAUAGUGUCGGCCCACAUACACUAUUCCACACAUACCGGAUGUGGGCCGGAUCUGGGCCGACACUAUGUUGCUGUGUGGGUUUAUACGAUUGAAAGAUACCCAGACAUCAACAUACUGUCGGCCCAGAUCCGGCCCACAUGUGGAAUAGCGGAUGUG